AUGUGCCAGCAAAGUACUUUAACUUAUUUAUAAUUCAUAGGAAGACUCGUAAAUCUGAGUUAGUUGUUGAAAUCGAAAUUUAUAAAAAGUAUGGUGUGGAAAAUUUCAGUUAUUAAAUGUGUUCUAAACACUAUUAAUACAAAUAAUAUGAAUAUACAGUGUAUCGUUCAUCACAGAUUAUGA